CCGAGCCCCGCCAUCCCUCGCCUUUCCGCCGCCAGAUUCAGCGAGGAGCCACGGGCGGCGUCUGCAGCGACAACAGCGGGAUCUUCAUGUUGGUGUUGUUUAUGCCAGAACAUAACAAGCAAGGCAAAUUUGCUCCAGUCUUGUGUCAUCUUUGUGUAACUAGCAAACACAAUGCAAUUGAGUAUGAAAUUCAGGUGACUUUGGAAAUGAAGAAAAAGUUCUGAGCUCUCUGACUGGAAGCUGAACGUGAUGACGGCCUGGUCUAUGGUAGGGAAACUGAAAAUGGAGAAGAGGCACUCCAGAGAAGAGAGAAAUGUGGAACAAGAUGCUGGGGAAUGCAGCGCUGAAUCUGAGGAAUGGACGAGCUCAGAAAGCGAACCUGAGCAACCGUACUUCCGAAGCAGCUGUAGCAAUAUUCCAUGGAGAGAAAAAGAGGCUUCCACUAAACCACAUCGGCCACUCUGUCGCUCCCCAUGCUUGGAUCGCCCAAGUUUUUCACAGAGCAGUAUCACACAAGACUUGAAACUAGAGGAAUGCAAAACAAAUUUGGACAAGGAAUACCAAGCUAAAAUGGAUUUUGCUUUAAAGCUUGGGUAUGCAGGAGAUCAGAUCCAGGCUGUACUGAAUAAACUGGGAGCAGAUGCGCUCAUCAAUGAUGUUCUGGCAGAACUUGUGAGACUUGGUAACAAAAGUGAAUCAGAGGGACAGAACAGCAGUACCACUAAUACUCUGGUGCCAAGAGGUCCUUGCCCAAAGGAAAUAGCAAGCCCUGAAUUGUCACUUGAAGAUGAAGUUGUGGAUAACAGUGAUAACUUGAGGCCAAUUGUCAUUGAUGGAAGCAAUGUGGCUAUGAGCCAUGGAAAUAAAGAAGGAUUUUCCUGUCGGGGAAUUCAACUAGCUGUUGAUUGGUUUCUGGAAAAAGGACAUAAAGAUAUCACCGUGUUUGUACCUGCAUGGAGAAAAGAACAGUCUAGACCAGAUGCACCAAUUACAGAUCAAGAAAUCUUACGGAAAUUGGAGAAAGAAAAAAUUCUUGUUUUCACCCCAUCUCGAAGAGUUCAGGGGAGAAGAGUAGUUUGCUAUGAUGAUCGAUUCAUAGUAAAGCUUGCUUUUGACUCAGAUGGCAUAAUUGUAUCAAAUGACAACUAUCGAGAUCUUCAAAAUGAAAAACCAGAAUGGAAGAAGUUCAUAGAGGAGCGUCUGUUAAUGUAUUCUUUUGUGAAUGAUAAAUUUAUGCCUCCUGAUGAUCCUCUAGGACGCCAUGGUCCAAGCCUUGAAAAUUUCUUAAGGAAAAGGCCAGUUAUUCCUGAACAUAAAAAACAACCGUGUCCUUAUGGUAAAAAGUGCACCUAUGGGCACAAAUGUAAAUAUUACCACCCAGAACGGGCAAACCAGCCUCAAAGGUCAGUAGCGGAUGAGCUUCGAAUAAGUGCCAAAUUAUCUGCUGUGAAAACAAUGAGUGAGGGAGCCUUGGCUAAGUGUGGCACAGGGCCCUCCAGCUCCAAAGGAGAGAUCAGUUCUGAAGUGAAACGCAUUGCCCCAAAGCGUCAGUCAGAUCCAAGCAUUAGAUCAGUAGCUGUGGAGCCUGAGGAAAAGUUAACAGUAGUCCGGAAGUCCGAGGCCAACUCUGUCCCAUCUCUGGUUUCUGCAUUAAGUGUACCAACGCUCCCUCCACCAAAAAGCCAUGCAGCUGGUGCAUUAAAUACUCGAUCUGCAAGCAGUCCAGUGCCAGGUUCCUCACAGUUCACGCAUCAGAAAUCCUCACUGGAACACAUGUCCAGUGUGCAAUAUCCUCCAAUAUUAGUCACCAACAGCCAUGGCACCUCAGUUAGUUACACUGACCAGUAUCCCAAAUAUGAAUCGUUAGGGGACCAUGGCUAUUAUUCCUUACUCAGUGAUUUCUCCAACUUGAGCAUAAGUAGUAUGCAUAACACAGAUUAUUACGGGGCUGAUAUGGACCAGGGGAUGUAUUCUAGAAACUCAAGCCCCUGUCCUGACAAUUGCUUAAGCCAUACAAGUAAUGAUUCUUAUUCCUCUUACAAUGACUUAUAUCUGGGUGUAGCAGAUGCCAGUCCAGAAGAUAAUGUGAAGAUCCACAGACUGACAUCGCAAAAUCGUCUUCAGCCUUUUCCCCAUGGUUACCAUGAAGCCUUAAAUAGAGUUCAGAGUUUUGGAACUGAAGAGCCUAAACAAUCCCUUCGCAAACAGUCUGUUUCCCACUUAGGCCUGCAUGCCCAGCAUCCAGUUGUUGGGGCACGGUCCAGUUGUCCAGGAGAAUACCCUGUGCCUCAAAAUAUUCAUCCAUCAACUGCACAAUCAAGCCGUGCCUUGGUCAUGACAAGAAUGGACAGUAUUUCUGACUCACGGCUUUAUGAAAGUAAUCCUACAAGGCAGAGGAGACCACCUCUGUGUCGAGAGCAGCAUGCUAGUUGGGAUCCGUUACCGUGUGCAACAGAUUCUUAUACUUAUCAUUCAUAUCCAUUGAGUAACAACCUCAUGCAGCCAUGUUAUGAACCUGUAAUGGUAAGAAGCAUGCCGGAGAAGAUGGAACAGCUGUGGAGGAAUCCAUGGAUUGGGAUAUGUGGUGAGCCACGGGAGCCACAUGUUAUCCCAGAGCAUCAGUAUCAAACAUACAAGAAUCUCUGCAAUAUUUUCCCGCCAAGCAUUGUCCUUUCUGUGAUGGAAAAGAAUCCCCACAUGACAGAUGCACAACAGCUGGCAGCUAUGAUUGUUGCCAAAUUAAGAACAGGGCGUUGAAAUAUUAUAACCUCUUUUGUAUAAAUGAGACUAUACAGCACAUAGGAACUGGUAGAAAAAUUAUAUAAAGAAGGAAGUAGGCAAAUCUAUUGUAAAUAUUUUCUAAUAAGGUAGGAUAAACUUCUGUACACAGUAGUUGUUGUAUAUGUAUUGAGGCACUAUUUAAGAGUUGACUGUAUUGUAAAUUUUAAGAUUUUAAAAAUAGAGAUUUUUAAUAGUAUUUUACAGGAAGUGCAUACCUUGCUGCAUGGAUAGUUCAUGAAGAACUACAAUGUCACAUUCAGUGUCUCAAAGCUUUUAAUACAAAAUUAUUAUUAGCGGUUAUAUUGCAUGUAUUAAUGUACACUUUCAAUUUGAUUAUAAAUACCUAAUUGGCCUUUCAAAGCAUGCUGUAUACAAUCCCGGAUGACUUCUAGGGUUUCAGCUUUGCCAUUUGAUGCCGCCUAUUGGUACCUCAAAUAUUGAAGAAAAAUAACUUGACAAAAAUGAUUCAAUUUCUAAGACGCUGAAUCUCUUUCAGCUUUUGGAUGUUAAUAUUGUUGGUAUUUCUUAAAUUUCAAAACUGUUCCCCAUGAGUUUAUUACUGUUACUCCAGUCCAACAGAAGCCAAAUGCUUCAUUAAAUUAGGACCAAAACAUUAAGGAAUAUGAAGGCAUGAUAAAACUAAAAUAUGUUUUAACUGUAGCUUCCCUCUUCAGAAUUCAGAAUCAUCUGCUGCUCCAGAUGAUUAGAAAAGAUGAAAGAAAAUUGUCAGUUGUGUAUGAAUUGGAUUACUCAGACUCCAAUAGCAGGAUCUGAAAGUUAAUGCAGAAACUCAUCUGUAUCUACAGCCCUUCUGUGGGCAAGGAUGGCAUUUAACAUGCAAAACGGCCAUAGAAGAUCAACCUGUGAAAGGAGUGGGAGUGGCUGUUCCUUGAAAAGAGAUGCUACAGUUCAGGUUUGUGGCAAAGCUUGCUUGGUUUUGCUCUUCAGAUCCAUGCAGAGGUGUGCAUUUGCCUCAUGACCGUUUCUAAAAUUUCUGUUUAAACAAGUGAGAAGAUUUUGUGUGGCAUUGUUUGCUCAACUGGUAUUUUGCUCAGGGUGGGAACCUUUGUAGCUAAAUGUCUCCAAAAGAGGCGUUUCUUGUUUUUUAAGCUGCACUGACUGAACGCCCUUUUUUGACUCCAUUGUAUAUUUCAACAUUUUGAACCAUUACUAACUCGAUAUGUCUCGAGCUAGAACUUAAUGACUUCUACUGUAGUUUUUUUCAUGAAAGCUGAGAAGGCCUAGUUUAUGGCCUUUUGUUUCUUCAUGAGAAGGUGUGACACUGCCUAAAUGUUUCUUACUGUGAAACACACGGAAUGCGAGGCUGCAGUCAGGGUUGUUUCUGGUGUUUUGAUAACGGCUUGCAUGCUGCUUUCUCACUCUCUGUUUGUCUAAGGAACAAAACAUCAUCAUUUCCAUAUCUGCAUUACUGUAUAAAUGAUUGGUUUGAUUCACAAUAUUGUUCAGUCUAUUUAUCAUGGGCAAAACGUAUUCCUGCAGGUCAAAAGCAACAAAGAAAACCAUUAUAGGUGCAAUGACAGUUAAUGUACUGAUAAUAACCACAUCAUUUCACACAUGACAAAUAUUCUUCUGUUGGUACAAGGAACAUAUAUAAUGGCCACAUCAUUACAUAUUUGAGUUAACUUGAAGGUGAUUUGAGUUUACACUCAGUGUUUAAAAAUAACUAUGUUUUAACUAGCUGUCACAGUUAUUGUCACUGUUAAUAGUAAAUCUCUGGAUACCUACAGUAACUGGAGGAAACAGAUUGAACUCUUGACCAGUAUCCAAAAACAUUUCUUACUAACCACCAUUUUAGAUUUUUAAUUUGCAAUUAAUUCUUAUUCUCUUCUCUUGCAUGGUAUUAAGCAGCUGAGAGCAAUGCCUCAAAUAACCAGAAAUGACCUUUUGUUUGUUGAUACAAAUUGUAUCUCUUUUUCUUGAUUGUAUAAAAACUGUUUAAAAAAAAAAAAAAAAAACACACCAAAAAACCUAACAACCCAUAAACCUCUAGAUUAACUUCAGUAUUACAUGUUCACCACCAUGUUUGUGACACCAUGUGUCACACAGAAGUAGCCCAUGAGUAAUUAUGAUUUUCUGUUAUUUAAAAUGGGCACUUAUAGUUUAUAGAUGAGCAAGACAACUUCUCAGAACUGGUUUAUUAUGUGCACAGAUACUGUGUGUACACCUCAAAGCAUUACAUGGUUAUCUUUAGUCUAUUAAGCAGAUUCAUCCUUGCACUAAACCUUAUGUAAAAAUGUUGCUGUUAACUCAUCUGCAUGUGUUUAAAAUAGUAACAAUAUAAUUACUAUAGACCUUGCUUUAUUCUAAACACAUUAAUUUAUAAUUUAUGUAGGCUUAAAAUGAAGUUUAUUUUGCACUCACAUUUUCCAUCUUGCAUGGAAUUAAAUAUUUGUAUGUAAAAACACGUUUGUCCCCUUUUUCUCCCACUAUAAAGGUAAGCUAUCUUAAGAGGGCUUGGUGGGUGUUUUUGAUAUUUUAAUGUGUAGAAGCCUGAGCAGAAGUUACUGUGUGAAGCUGUGCGUGAUUUAUGGACAGUCAUUCUUGUAGGACUCGUCAACUUGUUUUCAUGUUCACGAUCUUUGUCUUACUGACAAGAAAAAGGAAUUAUUCCAAACAGAAAGGCUAUGGUACUGCAAACACAGCAUGCCAUUUCUGUAAGGCACUCUGAAAGCUAAUUGUCUUUUUAUAAAAAGCUAUUUGCAUCCAUCCUAUGCAGAGUUACUGAAUGGGCAGUGUAGCCUUGUGGAAAUAAUUUGCAAACGUUGUGCUUGUUUAGUCCACCUUAGAGGAAAUGAAGCUUUUAUUCGUGAUGUAGUCUUUCCUAACCCACCAGUUAAGUGACAAUUCCAAUAUCUGCAUCUGUUCUCAGAUAUGUUUACAAGCCAAUUCAAAACACUGACUUAAUCUUCAGCGCAAAAGCUUAGAUUUCUUCUUACAUGGAAGAGUUGAUCUUAUUAACACAUGAUCAUAACUGUCUAUAUUGUAAAUAUAAGACUCUGUAUAAAUGCUCUGAGAGCAUGGUAUUUAGAUGUUUUUAAAACUGUAAGUAAGCAGUUCUAGAAACUAUAUUUUAAUAAAAUCCAAAAGAUUCUAGCUGAGGAACUGCAGAAAGAAAAAAGCGCUAAGAUGAAAUCGUGCAAGGAAACAGCAUACAGCAGCAGAGCCAGUGCUUACUCUAGGCAUUCUGAAUAACUGAUCUUUAGUCUUCAGCUGUACUACUUUCACAUAAUUUAUCACUUAAGAGUGCAUAAUAUUAAAUUCUUGAUUCAAAACUGAAAUGCUUUAUUGGAAGUCAGCCUAAUUUUGUGUGUUUUUGUAAUAAUUACAUGUUAGUAAUAUAUUAAGUUGUACAUAUAGAACAUUUGACUACUGUUAGUCCUGUUGUUGUCUUAUUGAGCUACAGUAGUGGGCUUUAUCCGUUUGUAGAAUUAAACGUUACUGUUUAAUUGUUGUAAAAUUUUAUAAAUCUCUUUGGGUUAUUUUGGUUGACCCAAAUAUAAUGUAAGUCUCAAUGACAAAAUGAGUGAAAAAUGGAUGUUAAGCCAAUAUGUGGUAUUUAAAAAACACUGUAGUAAGUGUGCAAACGCUCUAGAUGCUGCUGCAUGGAUAUCAUUCACUAGCAUGAGUCUGUUUAGCUUUUUGUAAAAAUCUUUUAAAUUUAAACUCUUAAAAAAUAUUAAGUGGGUAUAUGGUUGCUUAGGCCAAGCAGAAGAAUCCUCAUUAAAUACAACAAAAAACAAAGUAUCUGUUUAGGAACAGAUACUCUGAAUUUUGGCAUUUUGGAAUUCUUACUGGUAAAGCCAGAACCUGCAAAGAAUAAAUAUGAGCUGAUAAGCCUGUUUAAAACUUGGUUGGUUAGUGGUGUGCAUGCAUACCUGUGAUGUCCACCAAGCUACUAUCAGGAACAUUCAAGGGAACACGUUUUGAGUGCAGUCAUUCUAAAAAUUCCAUGCUAAAAAGAAGGUAUGAGUUUCAUUUCUGUACCCAUUUGCCCCACAGAAAUACUGCUUUUUCUUGACUUGCCAAAAGUUAACGUGAAACAGUGGUAGCACCAGACUCCUAUUAGACAGAUCAUGAGAUCUGUCAUUAUUAGCGCUACGGUUCAGCAUUCAGCAUCAAUGCAGCUUUUAUGCACCCCUCCAUAGGAGGCUGUGUGACAGAGCCAUAGGAUUGCAAUGGUGUUCCUUGCAGUACUUAAACAGGAAAAAAUACAGGUUUGCUGUUACUUCAAUUACUCUCAUGCCAGUGUUUGCUUAGCCUUUGAAGAUCCAUUAUAUAGCCUCUAUGAUUUUGGUCUUUGGUAUUUUGAAGUUUGUAAACAUACUAAAAUUAUUGAGAGGAAUCCAAAACUAAUACAGUCUAUUACCUGUAGCCUCCCUGCUCUGUGUAGAAGGUUUGCACAGCUAUUUAAUACACAUGAAAUGUUAUACUUUAUAUUUACCUAUAUAAAACCUGCUUAUUUAAUAAAACUGAGAGCC